AUUCUCGCGACGCUCGAGAAUGGCCCGUCUCUCUCUUCUCUUCCUCGUCCUCGCGAGACUCUCGACCGCUCUCUCCGUUCCGCUCGACGACGCCGCGCCGCCCAACAAUGUGGCCACGAAUUCGACCGUGUUGACCAAGUCUCCCGCCCUCCCCGCACCGCUGUGCUUCCCCUCGCUGGGGUUCGUAAUGCCCGACGUGCUCCCACCGGACAACACGGAGUGGUGGUGCGACCCCGCAACCGAGUACGCGUUCCUCGGGUUCAGCUAUGAGAUCACCGACUGCCAGAGCCUCGAGCAGCUGAACGCGGACUUCCGCGAUAUCCGGCAAAAGUUCAAUUCGCGCUACAUCCGGCUGUACGGUUUCUGCGACAACGAGGGCUACUACAACGACGUCGUGUCUGCCGCCUGGGACAAUGCCCUCGGCGUACAUGCCCUCAUCUGGUUCGGAUUCAACGGAGACCUGGUCUGGGUCCCGCGCCGCGACGCCAUCCUCGCCCUGCUGCACGCGAACCCGAAGGCGAAGUUCGUGACGCGUGUGCUGCAGUUCGGCUCGGAGCCGCUGUUCGACAACGCGAUCGCGCACGACACGCUCGCGGAGCAGGUCGUGCUCGCGCAGGCGAACCUUUCCAGCCUGCACAUCCCCGUCACCGUCAGCGAGCUCGCGACGGGCUACCAGGAGCGCGGCGGCGGGCAGGACGUGCUCGACGUGAUCGACUCGAUCAACAUACACAUGCUGCCGUUCUUCUCGACGGAGGCGACGACUUCGGACAAGGCAUGGCCGCUUGUGUUGCAGGACCUGAAUUGGUUUAUUGAGCAUGGGAACGGGAAGAAGAUGUACUUCGAUGAGAACGGCUGGCCCUCUAUAAUCUGGUCAGGCGUGGAACCCAACAGCCCUGAUGCAGUUGCAGACGUACCCAACGAGCAGGGGUAUUAUGCGCUGCUGGAGGAGAACUGCGAGUUCCUCCGGGACGUCGUCGGGGCCGGCAUCGGCUGGUUCGCGCACAUCUAUACAGACGAAAUGGAGCCAGGAUAUGGGAUCUACGACGACGAGGGGAAUAUGAAGUUCCCGUUCGCGCCGCGCACACAUUGUUGAUAGACGAGCGUCCUCCGAGUCGAGGCUUGGGGCGCC